UCCACAAGUCCAGCGAGCGCUUGCUUGCGGAGUCGGGGGCUCGGGGCGGCCAUUAGGCGAUUCUUUCCCUCCUCCGGUGGUGCAUGCGGUUCGCGAGAGAGGGAUCGAUCUCUGCAGCGUGUGAGCCCGGGGGACGAGAGAGGCAAAGAUGCUGGACAUACGGAAGCGGCGCAUCCAGCUGCUUCUCUUCAUCGUCGGCGUCGUCGCCCUCAGCAUGACUGCUGAGAAGUUUAGGGAACUUGUUGGAAAGGAGGCUGCAUCAAAGAGUGGACAGUUUACGUUCAUGAACUGUUUUGAUAUGGGCUCAGGCAGCCUUGCGUGCGCAGCUAAGGAGGGCGUUAAAUUGUAUGUCUACAACCUCCGAACUGCACAUAUGGAAAGGGUGCGGCAGCGGGCCAUCGAGAAGGCAUUGGCUGAUGCCGUGACAGAAGGCCUGUCUCCCGCUGAUGCGGCAAAGCAAGCUCAGAAGGUUGGUGCAAAAGCUGCAAAAGUGGCAGCUCGUCAAGCCAAGAGGAUAUUGGGUCCGAUAAUUUCUUCUGGUUGGGAUUUCUUUGAAGCCAUGUACUUCGGUGGAAGCAUGACUGAAGGUUUUCUCCGAGGUAUCGGCACCUUAUUUGGGACCUAUGCAGGUGGUUUCCAUGGUGAGGAGAGGCUGGGGAAGCUGGGUUAUCUUGCAGGAAGCCAUCUAGGCAGUUGGGUUGGUGGAAGAAUUGGACUGAUGAUUUACGAUGUCAUAAAUGGCCUGAAUUACAUGCUUCAGUUUGUCAAGCCGGAGUAUGAAGCAUCAGCGUAUGGUUCAGUAGAGAGUCCAGAGUAUGCAUAUAAUUAUAGAAGUGGAGAAAAUGAGGAACCAACAUACUAUGAGACAUCAGAAGAGAAGCAGGAGGAAUCGAAUGGUUUCAGUUUGUUCUGAGACCGCAAACUUUGAUACUAGUCGUCUUACGGUGGAAUCACAGAAAUGCAUAGUUUGUUUCAUGUACUGAACCACGACACGUUUAGCUUCUUUUUGUAUUUUUAGGUGAGGAUUGAUUCUUCUAUGUAAUUCUUGUUUCGGCCACUGUAUAUAGAAACAUGUCUAUGCAAUCCUUGUGGUCCUUCCGGAUGGUACAAAUGUAACAGUGAUGUUGAACAUACACAGAAUAACAUAGGGAUGUAUCUUAUACUCAAACGUUUUUUCAGGGAACAUGUCUCCAACGUUUUAUU